AUGGUGCUAGAAACAAAGAUCGAGAUCAUGAUGCUUGGACUGGCGCCAGCGACCCUUGUAGCCGGAUUAUAUGGCAUGAAUGUGAUUAAUUACCUUGAAGAGGGGGAUGCAGGCGUUACGAUAUAUCUAGAAAGGGAAGAAGCUACUAUUGCUUUGAGAUUCCCCGUCUAUAUUUUACUACCGCCGACUGGUCCCGACAAUUGGAAGUUCCUUGGAGGCUCCGCCUGGCGUCAGGGGGGCGCUCAGAAAGUGUCCAGCGACACGGAGUAUGAUCCCUUUAUUGACCGCAAAGGCCAUCCCCAUCGGUCACAAACACUUCCUGGCCGUCGGGACUUGAGCGUGCCUUGUCUCAAGAAGGGGAUGAAGAAGCUCGCAGGAACUCCUGAGGGCCAUAGAUCUUGCAAGUCUCAGCAUCUAGCACUUCGCUUUCUGGCAAUGGACACGGAAAGUGAACUCCUGUCAAACAGUUCCCUGAACUGUCAAUCUUUCACAGUUGAAUGA